UGGAAUCUUGUAACUUUCUGGUGGAGUGGAUAGAGAAGAGGUUUAUUCCCCAAAGAUUGGAUUUUUAUUCCCCAAAACUCGAUUUUGAUAUCCCGUCUUCCAAUCCUGGGUGCUCAUCGGUUGCUGUUGCUGCUGUGACCUCUGCGGCAUUGCGCCAGCGACCGCCAUUGGUGAGGCGGAUGCCUCUCGUCUCGGGCGGAACCCAUGUGCCUUCUUUAUUGCGCCCUUUACGUUUGUCCUCUCUGUCAAAGCCCUGGCCAGUUUCCUGAGUGCUAGAGAUUCCGAGGGAGGGUCGGUCUGCCAUCAGUGUUCUUCCUGAUUGUUGGUCCUUUUCCUGUGCUGUUUCCGUUCCACGCGAGGCGUGAUGGAAGACGAUAGAUUCUCCCCUUUCCAUUUCCCCGCCGUUUUCUUAGUGGUGUAAGCUGGGUUUUUUUCUGGAAGUGAAGUUUGCGGAGGAAAAAACAAAAAUCUCCUCUUGGGGCACGCCGGUGUGAAGUCCAGGCGUUCUGCUCCAUUUUGGUUUUCUGCCGGUGGAAUUAGAGCUCAUUAUUGCAAUUGAACGCAUGGUUUGCUGCUUUUCUGGUAUUAUCCCUGCCGCCGACAUUGUCCUGGUCCCUAUGCCUCCCUAAUUAGGUCAGAUAAAGCAAAAAUAUAUCAGAUUCGUAGAACUUUCAUUUCCGUGGAGAAUAUCUUGUUUUCCCCUCGAAUUGAAGGAACUCAACAGAACAUCAGCAAGGAAAGACUUCGCUUUCUCCAAGAAUAGGAGCUGAAGAUGAUGCCCUCUUCUGUGCCCCUAACAAUCUUCUUAUUUUGCUUAUUCUUGUUCCCUCUAACGCAUCAAUUCCAAACAACGCACACCCAGUUGUUGCUGCAGAUGAGGAAGCAAUUGGAGUACCCAAAGCUGCUUGAUGCGUGGAAUACCACUGACAAUCUGUGUUAUUUGCCUUCUUCGCCAAACUUAAGCGUCACUUGCAAUGGAAGCUCAGUCACAGUGCUCAAGAUUGUGGGCGACAAGCUCCCAAAGCCUAGAAAGUACGACGGUUACUCAGUCCCAGGCAAGACACUAUCCAAAGACUUCGUUGUCGAUUCUUUUGUUACAACUCUGGCCAGAUUGACUACUUUGAAAGUAGUUAUCUUGGUUUCUCUGGGAAUUUGGGGUCCUCUUCCAGACAAGAUUCACAGACUGUAUUCACUAGAAGUGCUCGAUCUGAGCUCUAAUUUUUUAUAUGGUUCCAUCCCUCCUAAGAUAUCUGCCAUGAAAAAGCUUCAUACAUUUUCCCUUGAUGGAAACUAUUUCAAUGGCACAGUUCCAGAUUGGUUUGUAUCAUUGACGAACCUCACAGUUUUAAGCUUGCAGAGAAAUAGCCUCAAGGGGCCGAUCCCUGAUUCGAUAGGAAGAGUUAACACGCUAACCGAACUUGCUUUGUCUGACAACAAUAUUUCUGGUAAAAUCCCUGAUCUUAGUAGACUAAGCAAUCUUGAGAUGUUGGACUUAAGAGACAACCGGUUAGAUUCUGAACUGCCAGACAUGCCAAAUGGUAUGGUUACCAUCUUGCUUAGCAAAAACUUACUGGCAGGUGAGAUUCCAAAACAAAUCGGGGGAUUGGAUCGGCUUCAGCAACUCGACUUAUCAUUUAACUUCCUCGAGGGCAUUCCACCUGCUUCUUUGUUUUCUUUGCAAAACAUAAGUUAUUUGAACCUGGCUUCUAAUAUGCUCAGUGGAUCCCUCCCAGAAAGUUUAACUUGUAGUAGUCACCUUGGAUUUGUUGACAUUUCUACUAACAGACUCACUGGUGAAUUACCAUUUUGUUUGAUCUCAAAUGCUAAUAAGAUGGUUUUGAACUUCAGUUGGAAUUGUUUGUCUAUUGAUGCUCAGAAUCAGCAUGAUUCCAGAUUCUGCCAGAAUGAGACAGAUUCCAGAAAGAAGCACAGGCCACUGUUGGUUGCUAUUGUUGGAGGAGUUCUCUUUACGCUAGUAUUGUCUUUGUUAGUUCUUUUUGUCUCUUGCAGAAGAAACUUCCAUCGAGCUAUAGUAGAACAACGACUGUUGCAAAAGCCAACGCCAGAUAAUUCAGCUGCAGGAAUAUCAUCUGAGCUUCUUGCCAAUGCGAGGUAUAUUUCUCAAACAAUGAAGCUUGGAACACAAGUAUUGCCAACAUAUCGGACCUUUUCCUUGGAGGAAUUGAAAGAAGCCACAAACAAUUUUGAACAAUCAGCAUUUAUUGGCGAGGGUUCAAUUGGAAAGUUGUACAAAGGAAGAUUGGAAAAUGGAACCUUUGUAGCUAUACGAUGUUUGGCAUUGUUCAAGAAGUACUCAAUUAGAAAUUUGAAGCUCCGUCUGGAUCUGCUAUCGAAACUUCGCCAUCCCCACUUGGUCUACCUCUUGGGGCACUGCAUUGAUACUGAACAAGAUGAUUCUAAUGUAAAUAGAGUCUUCCUCAUCUAUGAAUUUGUUGCUAAUGGCGAUCUCAGCACACAUUUGUCUGAACACAGACUGGAGAGGGCUCUUAAGUGGUCGGAUAGACUAGCAGUUUUAAUAGGCAUUUCGAAGGCGAUCCACUUCUUACACACAGGAAUAAUUCCUGGCUUCUUCAACAAUCGACUGAAAACAAACAAUAUCUUACUUGAUGAGCAUUUGAUAGCUAAAGUGAGUGACUAUGGGCUGUCAAUUAUAACAGAAGAAAUCUACAAGCACGAGGCAAAGGCAGAAGGCCAAACACCUAACUACAGAAGAUCGCCACAUCUGGAAAUAGCACACUUGGAAGAUGAUGUUUAUUCAUUUGGCUUCAUUUUACUUGAAGCACUCAUGGGACCAGCAUUUUCCAAGCAAGGUGCUGAACAUUGCUUGAAAGAACUGGCCAUGUUAUACGCGAGCCAAACAGAGCAAAGUCGCAUUCUCGAUCCAGUUCUAGCCUCAUCCUCUCAAGAGUCUCUAUCAAUUGUGAUAUCUAUCACAACCAAAUGCCUGUGCCAGGAGUCAUCUCGCCCCUCGAUCGAGGAUGUCUUAUGGAAUCUGCAGUAUGCCGCUCAGGUUCAGGCCACGUCUGAUGGGGAACAGAAGUCAGACAUCCUAUCACAAGCGUGAUACUGGAUUCGAAUGCAAAGGUCAUAAAGUUAGAAUUCUGUCAGGUCCUUCGGCGCUCAACAUAAUUCCAGAGCCUGGGUACUUUGUCAUCUGAGCUUGGGUGGGCACAAAGAGAUGCCAAAAAGCUGUCAUUCCUUGUUCAUGCGUUUCACUUCGUUUUCCCUUGACUAGCUUAUUCUUGCUAUUUUGAUGUACAUCUAAUUGUUCUCUGUAACAAAUGUUGCUCAUCAGAAAUCGAAGUAGUUUUUAGCUGUCAAA